CCUUACACCCGUGCUGUUGAUGGACCCCAAAAGCAGCCGGAAGGAAAAAUCACAAUCGGCGCACUUGAACAACUUUGGUGGUUGCACUCUCAUCUGAUUUUUGCGUCCCCCUCUCUCUCACAUCUUUGCUACCCCAGAAGAUGAACCCUACUAAAUUUUCAAUUUUUUUUAUUUUCAUGUAAUUCUUUCACAGUAUCAGAUCCUUAAAAGUUUUCUUCAAUUUGUUCUUGCAACCUGUUUGAUUUUCCCUCAAAGUUUCAAACUUUAAGGCAAUUUCAAGAACAAGAUUCCAUUUUUUGAGGUUUUUGUGAUGGUAUAAAUAUGAUGGAGAAACUUGUUCAUCUAGUUGCUAGGAAUAAAGUGUUAAUUUGGAGUUAAAAUGGAUUGAAAUUGAUCAAGAAAACAUUGUGCUUGGAAGUUUAACUUAGACUCCCUCUAGGUAUUUGUGUGUCGUAGUAGUUGAUACUUGGUUGGUUUCUUGUGCUUCAAUGGAUGACAUUGAGGAUAAUGGGAGAUAUCCUUCCAACCCUUAUGGCAUGAACCAGGGUUAUGAGUCAUCCAAUCGCCAGAAGCUUCCUGUUCACGACCCUUCUUAUUCAAGGCAUGUCGACAAUCAGUAUGUGGAGGAGGCGGAUGAUGAUGAAGAAGUUGAUGGCGAAGAAGAAGAAGAAGAUGAUGAUGGCGAAGAAAAUGGUGUUCAGCGGAUAGGGAAAGAUGUGUUUGAUGACGAUGACGAUGAUGAUGAUGAGUAUGGUGAUUUGCAGAGGCAUCAAAAGAAGAGGAAGUUAAAGAGCUUGUUAUCAAGUUAUGAGUUUGCACCUCGAGUACCACCACCAUCUACUACAGCUGCAACUGCUCCUAAGCCUUCAUUUGGUGGUAGGAAUCCACUUUCAGAUUGGUCUGAAAAUGAGACAUUUAUUUUGCUUGAUGCAUGGGGCACUAGGUUUGUUCGACAUGGGAGGAAGAGUCUUCGAUCAGAGGAAUGGCAAGAAGUUGCAGACAGAGUGUCACGGGGGUCCAAAAUUGAGAGGACAGACACCCAAUGUCGUAACCGUUUGGAUACUUUGAAAAAGAAAUACAAAAAGGAGAAGAUGAAGUUUGCAGAGACUGGAAGUAGCACUAGCAAGUGGGUGUACUUCAAAAAGAUGGACAUGUUACUAACAUCAACUCCCCAGAAAGCUGGUGUUUCAUGUGGAAUGGACUCUGGAGAGUAUGUUUUCAUGAGCCCAAAAGCUUAUCUGAAUCGUGCUAAUGGCUUGGAUGAGAUGAGGGACAGUCCUGCUAACUCAGAAUCUGCUGAUGGUGAGGAGGAUGGUUCAGAGGAUCUUCCACCAAAAAGAUCAAGAAAUGUACAACCAGGAGGGAACGGGAAUGGGAAUGGACAUUCUUUCAAAUUAAUAGCAGAUUCUAUCCAUAAAUUUAGUGAGAUAUAUGUGAAGAUUGAGAAUAGCAAGAGACAGCAAAUGAUGGAACUGGAGAAAAUGAGGAUGGACUUCCACCGAGAAUUGGAACUCCAAAAGAGGCAAAUUAUGGAGAGAGCUCAGGCAGAAAUUGCAAGAAUACGUCAAGGAAGUGAUGAAGAGAACGACAUGUCUGCUGAAAAUGUUAGUGGAUGACAAGCCAGAUUAUCUCUCUAUUCGUUGUAUGUUGGCUAUUUUCCACUGUUGUAUUAUAUCUUGCAUUUUAGUUUCUCACCAUUGAUGGCUAUAUGCAAGGCAACUUAAUGUGAUGUAAGAAUGUAUCUGGAUGUUGUUUCAACAGUCAAUAAUAACAUUAUGGAGGUCUGUUAACCUAA